CCGUCAUGUAUGCCCAGCGUCCAUUGGCCUAUGCCCCGACGCCGUACAGCUAUACUCCCAACCCGGCGUUGGCGGCGUCUAUCAAUCUCGAUGAGGAAGUCAAACUAGCCUCCAGCUCGGCGGAGCGGGACCUCUACGAGUCGCUGGCUGAGAUCUACGGCAUCAUUGUCACCUUGGAUGGCUUGGAAAAGGCGUACAUCAAAGAUGUGGUCACGGAAGCAGAGUACACGGAAACCUGCACGCGCCUCUUGAAGCAGUACAAGUCUAGCCUCGGCGACGAUACCGUUGCGAAUGAGUUUGUCGAUCUAGAAACCUUCAAACGCACCUGGGGGCUGGAAUGCCCCCGUGCCACCGAACGUCUUCGCAUCGGUCUCCCCGCAACAGUCGAACAGGCUUCCCACAGCACGUCCGCCGCGAACAUGGCCCCGGCAGCAGCAGGCCCUCCCGGAGGGGCGUCGGGCAGUUUGAUCCUAACGACCACCGAGAACUUCAUCACCUUUCUGGAUGCGCUGAAGCUGAAUAUGGUCUCGAAGGACGCACUGCACCCACUCCUGUCGGAAGUGAUCCAGUCUGUCAAUAAAGUAACGGAUAUCGAUUUCGAGAACCGGGGCAAGAUCAUCCAGUGGCUGAUAACAUUGAAUCAAAUGCGUGCAACUGAGGAGCUCGGUGAAGACCAGGCCCGGGAGUUAGCAUUUGACAUUGAGCAAGCAUACCUAGGAUUCAAGGCCACGUUGGAACUAAUCACAUCCUCAAGACAUUUCAAUAUGAUAAGCGCCGAUCUCGACGAGUCUCUCCACGUGUUCGAUCUUCCCCAGAUCCAUACCAAACCCUCCGGCACCGAACUCAUUCAAGCCCUCGACUUGCUAACCGUCAAACCGCGGAGUUUUGGGCCCGUUGCCCAGGAAGCGGCAAAGAGCCGGACGGUACAGCCAGCCGGAGUGACCCGAUAUCUAACUUCGAUCAUCGCCAGCCCGCUUGCAUGGCUAGAUACUGACGAGCUCCGGGAGGCCGUCUGGGACGCCGCUGCAGCCCGCCUCAGUGAGCGCUCGGGUCGAACCGCCAUGCCCGCCAUGUCCCGUGUCUUUUCCAUCCCCACCACUGGGGCCGAAGAGUUCACACUGACCCUGCACGAACCAUCCCUAACAGCCGACAACCUGGGCAUGAAGACCUGGGUCUCAUCGUAUCUCCUCUCCCGACGCCUGCACAAUCUUCUCGAGACCACCCCCAACCUCGUCCCCUCCGCAUCAACUACCCCGAAACUCCACCCGGAUAAAACACUCCGCGCGCUCGAACUAGGCGCCGGUACCGGGCUUGUGGGCCUUUCUUUCGCUGCACUGCGCGGCAAAUCGGCAACUAUCCAUCUCACAGACCUCCCGGAUAUCGUUCCGAACCUGGCACAUAAUGCAGCCCUCAACGUCGAACUGCUGAACAGAACAGGCGGGACUGUCACCACCGGCGUCCUUGAUUGGUCCGUAACCCCCGAGCCACUGCCCACAGCCGAGGAACAAUAUGAUCUCAUCCUUGCUGCUGAUCCAUUAUACUCGCCCAAUCACCCUAAGUGGCUGGUCAAUACGAUCACGCCUUGGCUGAGCCGGGGGCUUGAUGCGCGGGUCGUCCUGGAGAUGCCCUUGCGAGAUGCGUAUCUACCUCAGGUACAGGAGCUCCGCGAGCGAAUGGGACAGCUUGGGCUGGCGGUGGUGGACGAGGGUGAGGAGAUCGGAUACGAUGAUUGGGAGUCGGCAGAUGGGGGCGCGCUCGAGGUGAGACUCUCGGGUAUGUCAAUUGGUGUGACAUCAGAAAGAAGCUCCGAGGCAAAGCCUUUAGGAAGCCUUCGGUUUCUUAAUCCUGCCUUCUUCAAAUCAAUAAACAUUAUCUAUACAGCAGCAAAAAUGGUGAUCGGCCUCCUCGCAAUCACUGCCAUCCCCACCGUCACCGGCAUCGCGAUGGGGACGAGCGAACAACGCAAAGCAAACGAGAGGAAGAACGACGAAAGACGCAUGGCCAAGUUCAACAUCGAUGUUGUCGCACCACCAUAUGAGGAACCCGAUGAUGAGGUCCAAGGGUUACGGGUGGUGUUGAGGGAUUUCAAGGUAUAUCUCGAUGACCCUGUACCCUCCAAACGAAAAGUUCCCGCACAUACCGCCGCAGCAUUUUAUAUCGAGUACCCCGAGCCAGAUCAUUUGAAGGAUCUUAAACGGGGGUUUGGAUUGGCGACCACCAUCUCGGAUAACCCGCCUAUGCUGGGUUGGAUAUACGCGGAUAAGGACACACAUGAAGUCAAGUAUGGAAAUCGGACGCUGAGCUGCGAGCAUGUUGUUGGGCCAUGGGAUUGGGAGGAUGAGGAGACCACCGUGAACCUGGAGGGGAAUUGCCGGUUUGUGGCAGUGCAGGAAGAGGAUGGUGCUUGGGCGCUAUACUAUGAUCGUGAUGGGGACGAUUUGGAGGGUGUAUUGGAGGAACAAGGGAAAUUGGAUAAUGAUUUCCAGCCGUUGCGGUUGAAGCGGAACUUGAUUGAACAGCAAAUGCAAAAAAUGAAAAAUGACAAUUCAUGA